AUGGCGAGACUAACGCCCGGCCACUUGUUGCUGUUGCUUGGCCUUUGUUGCACACUGGUGCAAGCCAGUUACCCACUCAAAAUACUUGGCUUAUUUCCACACCCAGGCAUUAGUCACUUCCACUUCUUCCACCCCAUUAUGCGGGGCUUGGCCGAGAAGGGUCAUGAUGUUACUGUAUUAAGCCAUUUUCCCGAUAAAAGUCCACCGGCUCGUUAUAGAGAUCUGCCGUUAACACGCCAUGAAACUUUGGCAAAUAGUGUGGACUUGAAGUUCUUUGAAACGCAACACUUCUAUAAUCAAUUCGUGGAAUUCUUCAUGCUCCACGAAUGGGGGAAGGACGCCUGCAAUCUCACAUUGCGCUCCGAUGCUUUGGCACAGGUUUUGCGACAGCGCCAACAUUUCGAUGUGAUCAUUAUGGAGCAAUUUAAUAGCGAUUGCAUGACAGCGGUGGCGCAUCAACUCAAGGCACCAUUCAUAGGUUUGAGUAGUUGUGCUAUGAUGCCUUGGCAUUACGAUCGUGUGGGGAUACCCAUGGUACCAUCAGUUAUGCCAAGUUUAUUUAUGGGACAAUCUGAGGACAUGACAUUCGGCGCUCGUCUCGCCAACUGGUUCGUCGAUCACACCAUGCGUUUACUUUACGAUUUUCACACCACGCCCGCUAUCGAUGCCAUUGUACGCCACAAAUUCGGACACGAUAUGCCCUCGGUUGGCGAAUUGGCGAAGGAAACAUCAAUGCUAUUCGUCAAUCAGCAUUUCUCAUUGAGCGGUGUCAAACCGCUGCCACCGUCUGUUCUCGAUCUCGGCGGCAUACACAUACAGAAGGCCAAGCCGCUGGAUGCCGAACUGCAAAAGUUUCUCGAUAAUGCUGAACAUGGUGUGGUCUACAUUAGUUGGGGUUCUAUGAUACGUGCCGACACUUUGCCGCCCGCCAAACGUGAAGCUAUCGUACGCGCUGUGAAACGACUCAAACAACGUGUGAUUUGGAAGUGGGAGAACAGCACUCUGGCGAACAARCCGGAUAAUCUGUAYGUUAGCAAAUGGUUGCCACAACGUGAUAUACUYUGUCAUCCGAAUGUGAAGGUGUUCUUAUCGCAUGGCGGUCUAAUGGGUAGCUCGGAGGCAGCUUACUGUGGUGUACCAGUAGUGGUUACGCCCAUGUAUGGUGACCAGUUUGUAAAUGCGGCUGCAUUAAAGUAUCGUGGUAUGGGUGUGGUGCUGAAAUAUGGCGAUAUCACCGAGAAUUCCGUGCUGCGUUCAAUAAGAGAGGUGUUGAAGAAACAAUAUAUGGAUAAUGCCAAAGCGGUCUCGUUCUCGUACAGACAUCGUCCGCAGAGCGCACUCGAGACCGCCAUCUGGUGGGUGGAAUAUGUCGCCAAAACCGAGGGUGCGCCACUUCUYAAAGCUCACGCCGUGCAUGUAUCACGCUUCGUUUACUACUCUUUGGAUAUUUAUCUAUUCAUUGCUGCCAUUAUAUUCAUAUCGGUUGUGAGUUGGAGCUUUAUAUGUAGUAGAUGGUGUUCGCGGCGUCCAAAGACCGCUAAACAAAAGUCAAAUUGAACAAGGGGGUGAAGAUUUCAUAUUGAGAGAGAGUUAGUUAAAUUAAAAUUUAGACAAUAUAUUUCAGUUUAAGCACUUUAUUUGCUCUUUUAGAUAUAUUAGAUAACAAAUUUCAAUGUAGUUAUCAUAAUUAGCGUAAUUUAGCUCAUAAGGAGCGGAGAAGAAAUGUAAAAUUGUCUAAACAAUUUCGCCAAAAUGAAAAAAUAGGAAAGAAGACAACAUUAAAUUCUAUAUUGUUUAAAAUAGUUAAAUAAAAAAAAAAAUUAAUGAAACUUGUUCACA